CAUGAUGCGAUGCAUGUAUAUAAAGAUAAGAUGGUUGAAUCAUCUAGAUCCAUCUAAGCUUUUUCUGCUGCUAUAAUUUGGUUCCAAGACUUACUUCCGCUCAAGUAUUCUCACUUCCACCACCGCCAUAAAUUGAAACCACUGCCAUAAAGCUUUCACUUCACUGCUUACAAUAACGACUGCCAAUCAUAGAGUAAAGAUGACGCUCGGUGCUGCCAACAGUGACCAAGACUAUGAUAGAACUGCAGCGGUGAAGCAAUUCGAUGACUCCAAGAUCGGAGUCAAAGGCCUUGUGGACUCCGGCGCCGCCACCAUUCCUCCUUUCUUCAUCCAUCCACCCGAAACCCUCCCCAACUCCACCCCUUCCACCGCCCCUCCCGCCUCCGAUCUAAUCCCCGUCGUUGAUCUUUCCGGCCUCGAUUCCAACCAUCGAUCUCGCAUCGUGAAACAAAUCCGAGAUGCCUCUAGAGAGUUCGGCUUCUUCCAGGUCAUCAACCACGGCAUCCCUUCCGGCGUUAUCAACCACACGAUCGACGCCAUCAAAGCCUUCAACGAGCAGCCAACGGAGGUGAAGUCUCAGUACUACACUCGGGACUUGCUUCGCGGCGUGUCCUUCGCCACCAAUUUCGAUCUCUUCCAAUCUAAGGCCGCCAGCUGGAGAGACACGAUUCAUGUGAACUUCAGCCCCAUGCCUCCCGAAAUAGAUCAUAUUCCGGAGAUAUUCCGGCGAGAGGUCCUGGAAUGGGAUCAGCACACAAGACGGUUAGGGGAGGUUCUGAUGGAGAUCUUGUCGGAAGGGUUGGGUGUGAAGCAGGAGAGAUUGAAGGAGCUAUCGUGUUUGGAAGGGAGGGUGAUGGCGGCUCAUUACUACCCUUACUGCCCGCAACCUGAUUUAACUUUAGGGGUUACGUCUCACACCGAUCCGGGAGUGUUGACUGUACUUCUGCAGAAUCAUAUCAGAGGGUUGCAGGUGAAGCACGAGGAUGAGUGGUUGGAUGUGAAACCUGUCCCUGAUGCUCUUAUCAUCAACAUCGGCGACAUUCUCCAGAUGUUAUCGAACAAUGAAUACAAAAGUGUAGAACAUCGAGUGUUAGCGCAUCCUCGCAGGGAGCCACGAAUCUCGAUCGCCGUUUUCUUGAAUCCAGGUAAGACGGAGAACUUGUAUGGACCUAUGCCGGAGUUAACAUCGCCGGAGAAAUCAGCUCUAUACCGGCAAUUUACACUAGUGGAAUAUAUGGAAAGGUUCAUGAUCAAGGAGCUGGAUGGCAAGUCAAUGAUAAAUUUCUUCAGAUUGUGAGGGUUAGAGCCAAAAUGGUGAGGUUGGACCACCAUUGUAUUGGGGCCGUGGACUCUACCACACUGCUUUCGCAUUCUACUGUAUCCAGCCAAGAAAACCAGAAAGACACCACUGAUUAUUGAACACACUAUAACUCCAACAGAGGCUGAAGAAUUAUUCCGGCCACCGCUGUUUGUCCCAUUUGGACUACCAUCACCAGAUGGUUCUGGGGCUAGAGACGGGACGUUCUUCUCCAUGUCUGGGUUUCCGUUUGAGCCUACAACAAUACUCCCUGAGCUCGACUUACUAGUAACAGGGGCUGGAGACGGGACGUUAUUCCCGAUGUCUGGGUUGCCGUUUGAGCUUACAGAUUUAUUGACUUGAGUAAGACUACUCGAGAGCUGAUUGUUCAAACUCUGCUUCAAAGCCAUCAUUGCCGCGACAUCUACUGAGUUAGUCAGGGACUUUACAGGAACAAACACGGAGAUCAAAACUACCAGAAGAAGGUCUAGAAAUCCACAUUCAAGAUUGCGAUUCUUCAUCUUCCUCAUCUUUAAAGG